AUGCUAUGCCAAUAUCUCCUAAGGCAAUCCGCUAAAAGAUCUACGGUCCUUUCUAUAUCAGUCGCAACCAUGUCCACAACCACUAAGCCCCUCCACAAACCCAUGCCCUCCGCACUGACCUUUGAUCGUCACGCUAAAUGUUCGACAACCAAGGCCCGCGCGAGUACCCUCCGAUUACCCCAUGGCGAAGUUUCUCUGCCGAUCUUCAUGCCCGUCGCGACACAGGCAUCCCUCAAAGGCCUGACAUACGACCAGUUGCGCGAGACAGGAUGCAUGCUAUGCUUGAAUAACACCUACCAUCUAGGGUUGAAGCCAGGCCAGGCAGUUCUGGACGCAGUAGGUGGGGCGCAUAAGUUACAAAAUUGGGAUCGUAAUCUGUUGACUGAUAGCGGCGGUUUCCAAAUGGUAUCGCUUCUAGAAUUGGCAACUGUCACAGAAGAAGGAGUGCGCUUCCUCAGUCCACAUGACGGCUCACCCAUGCUCCUUACUCCCGAACACUCGAUUUCUCUCCAAAAUUCUAUCGGAUCCGAUAUCAUCAUGCAAUUAGAUGAUGUGAUUGCCACUACUUCACCGGAUCAUGCUCGCAUCAAAGAAGCUAUGGACCGCUCCGUGAGAUGGCUAGAUCGUUGCAUCGAAGAACACAAAUAUCCCGAGAGACAAAAUCUCUUCUGUAUCAUCCAGGGUGGUCUGGAUCUUGAAUUGCGGAAGCAGUGCUGCGAGGAGAUGGUAGCACGAGAUACUCCCGGUAUCGCCAUUGGAGGCCUUUCUGGUGGAGAGGCGAAGGAAGAAUUCUGCAAAGUAGUGGAUACAUGCACUGAUGUGCUGCCGGAGAAUAAACCUAGAUACGUUAUGGGCGUGGGAUAUCCAGAGGACAUUGUCGUAGCAGUGGCUCUAGGCGCAGACAUGUUCGAUUGUGUGUGGCCGACACGAACAGCGCGCUUCGGAGAUGCUAUCGUCUCUUCCGGAACUCUGAAGCUAAGCAAUAGACGCUUCGCUGAUGAUUUCCGCCCGGUCGAGGAAGGAUGUACCUGUGCAUGCUGCCGUCCAACCGACCAGGGAGGCCUUGGACUGACAAGGGCAUACAUGCACCAUAUAACCGCCAAGGAGACUGUUGGCGCCCAUCUCCUGACUAUCCACAAUGUUCACUAUAUGUUGAAUAUGAUGAAAAAUAUCCGACAAGCUAUCCUUGAUGAUCAAUACCCCACUUACCUUCGCAAGUUCUUCUCCAACAUCUAUGGAGGCGACAAGACGAAGUUCCCUGAAUGGGCAGUUGGUGCUCUGCGUGGAGUUGGCGUGGACUUGUUGGCGGACUCAUGA